UGUUGAACAUAUUAAUGUAUUAUGCUAUGUUAUUUUAUUAACUUACUAUAUGGUCUUUAACAGAAAUUAAAAUUAUUACUAACUAUCAUAUUUUGAUUAUUUUUGGGACAUAUUAUAUACUUUAUUAAUGUUACACAAAAUGACUAAAUUAAAUUCUUAUUGGCUAAUUUUUGUCUUUGUGUCAUUAACGUCUGUCUCGCACGGAGAAGAAGAAAUAAUAUUUCCAGUAACAAAGUCAAAAGACGAUUGGUGGUCAAAUACAAUAAUAUAUCAAGUAUAUCCAAGAUCGUUCAAAGACAGUGACAACGAUGGAAUUGGUGAUUUAAAAGGAAUUACUGAAGAACUAGAUCACUUUGUUGAUCUUGGUAUAGAAAUUGUAUGGAUAAAUCCAAUAUUUAAAUCACCCAUGUAUGAUAUGGGAUAUGAUGUAGAAAACUAUACGACGAUUGAUCCUAUAUUUGGAAGUAUGGAAGAUUUUGAAGAACUAAUAUCAGAAAUGAAUAAGCGAAAUUUAAAACUCAUAAUAGAUUUUGUACCAAAUCAUUCGAGUGAUCAAUGUGAAUGGUUUUUAAAAUCGAUAAAAAAAGAAGGCAAGUACGAUGAAUAUUAUGUAUGGCGUAAUGCCUCAAAUCAAGACCAACUCAACGAUACAUCAAUCACACCAACACCUCCGAAUAAUUGGUUAAGCAAAUUCGGAGGCUCUGCGUGGUCAUGGAAUACUGAACGAAAACAAUUCUAUUUACAUCAAUUUAGUGACAAACAGCCGGAUUUAAACUUUAGGAACUCUGAAGUGCAUAAAGAAAUAUUGAAUAUUUUGGAAUUUUGGAUGGAUAAAGGCGUAGCCGGUUUUCGAUUUAAUGCUGUCGGUAAAUUAUACGAAGACAAAGAUUUUCGAAAUGAACCAAAUUCGGUUGGCCGAGAAAAUUGGCCAAUUUAUUAUUCUUUGGAUCACAUAUACACACAUGAUCAACCAGAAGUUAUCGAUACAGUUAUUGAAUGGAGAAAAUUCAUGGACGAUUAUUCGAAUAGGAAGAAUACAUUUCCUAGGCUUUUAGCUGCAGAAGCACAUUACCAUGUCUGUGUAUUUUCACUGAGAGAUUAUUAUGGAAAUAAAAAUAAUCUUGGUGCUCAAAUCCCAUUUAAUUUUCAUUUACUGAUUCAAGUACGCAAAAACGAUUUAGUAUAUUCAGUGGACAGAGCAAUUAAAUUCUGGUUUGAAGUGAUACCGGCAAAUAACACACCAAACUGGGUGAUAGAAACCCAUGACACCGAUAGGAUAUCAUCGAAAUACGGAUCAGAAAUGGUUCAAGUAUUUACCGCUCUAAAGUUGUCACUUCCUGGUAUUGAUGUGACAUAUUAUGGGAGUGAAAUAGGCAUGGAGAACGUUUAUGUAAGACCUGAUCAAAUUCAAGAUUCAUAUGAUUCAAGUGGUCAGAGAAAUAUAGAAAGCAGAGAUUUUGCAAGGAGUCCUAUGCAAUGGAAUGGUAAAUCCAAUGCAGGAUUUACUGAAGCAAAAAAGCCGUGGUUACCUAUAAAUCCAAAUUAUUACAAAAUAAACGUCGAAGAACAGAAAACAAUAUCAACCAGUAAUUACAAUUUUUACAAAAAAAUGUCUCAACUACGAAAAACUGAUACUUUGAAAUAUGGUGAUCUUAAAUUGUACAAUAUAACUGAUUCGAUAUACAUAGUAAAAAGAUCGUUGUCUGGACGAGAAACAUACCUGACUGUAAUGAACUUUGGAAGUGAAACCGAGACAGUCAUUCUCUCUGAGGUUAUAAGCAACCUAAAAAAAAAACUGUACGUCUAUCUGGGCAGCGAAAAUUCAGCACACAGCCGAAGUGAUAUCGUAUCCACGAUUUCCAUAGUUGACAAUCCAUUGCACCUUCGACCACAAUCGGUAGUCGUGUUGACUGAUAAUUUAGUCAACGUCGAUACGUUCAGGAAUAAUGCGAUUAGUUACAGGAAAUAUAACACUUCAUAUAUUAGUAUCUUAUGUGCAUUAUUACUGAUUGUUUAUCAUGUUGGAAUACGUAAUUAAUCGUACUCGUCAAAUAACUUAAACAAUAAAUCUUUUUUUUUUUAAAGAA